ACAGUCAGUACGUUAUUUGUCUAAUAACUUUUCUGCCAGUCGAUAAAAUAAUAUGUUAGGGAAACCUGCCAACUGAUAGAAAGCAUGUUUGGUAUUAAUUUGUUCUGCCUCAAAUUUUGGGGAUUUGAUAUACUGUGUUGCCCUACGGUAUAGUGCAUUUGUGAUGUCAGUUAGCAUCUUUGACAUUGACGACUGACUGAUGCCCGAUCUGUCCCCAGCUGUCGUCUGGAUGGCUCCCGUCGCAUAGAAAUGUAGAGCUGCUGUAACCUUUACUGGUACUUUAUUUCGUGACUUCGGGCUGUUGUCGAUUCUAACUCAUCAUUCAACAUAUCACACAACUCUGUUAUUGUGCAGGAGUCUAUAUCUACGCAGAACCGGCAUAGGACUUACAUCUGAAAAUGUUGGUCGCGGUCUUACUAUCCUGGGAUGAGGAUUAUGGGUAUAAUGGCACUCUGAUCAUUAGUAAACUGGCUGGAGUGCUCUGUGGUGUCGUUCCUAAACUGAGAUGAGCUUUAGAGCUGGAUUCUCAGCGUUCACUUUCAAAAUGGUUAACGGCUCACUGUGGUGGAUGAAGGUAUGCUGCUAAACCAGGUUCUGAGAUCGGCACCACUUACCCUUUUGAGCCUCACAAGCUGUUUCAGUCAGAGUUACAGUAAUGUUCCAGUGAGACUGUACAGCAGCCCUGUUCCCCAGAAGACUCCAAGGAGGGUUGUGAUUACUGGAAUAGGCCUGGUAUCUCCCCUUGGAGUUGGCACCUCUUUGCCUUGGAAGCGCUUGAUAAGCGGGGAAAGUGGAAUUGUCAGUCUGAAGACUGAUGAUUAUAAAAAAGUGCCUUGCAAAGUGGCAGCCUGCGUGCCAAGAGGAGAUGGAGUAGGUGAGUUCAAGGAGGAGAUGUUUGUGUCUAAAGCGGAUAUAAAGGCCAUGUCCCCGGCAACAAUCAUGGCCCUAGCGGCAGCAGAGCUGGCAUUGAAAGACUCAGGAUGGUACCCGCAGAGUGAGCUCGACCAAUUAACCAGUGGAGUAGCAGUGGGCAUGGGAAUGGUCCCGCUGGAGGAUAUUGCAGGAACAGCUAUAAUGUUCAAGACCAAAGGCUACAACAAAGUCAGUCCCUAUUUUGUGCCCCGGAUACUAGUCAACAUGGCUGCAGGCCAGAUCAGCAUCAAAUACAAGCUCAAAGGCCCUAAUCAUGCUGUGUCAACUGCCUGCACCACAGGGGCACAUGCGGUUGGAGAUGCUUCCAGGUUUAUUGCCCAUGGCGAUGCAGCAGUGAUGAUUGCAGGAGGGACAGAAGCUUGCAUUGGUCCACUGUCCAUUGCUGGCUUUGCCAGAGCCCAUGCACUAAGCACCAGCUGGAACUCAACACCUAAACUUGCAUCUCGCCCCUUCCACCCAGAGAGAGAUGGGUUUGUGAUGGGAGAAGGGGCGGCAGUGUUGAUACUAGAGGAAUACAAGCAUGCGAUAGACAGGGGAGCCAGGAUCUAUGCAGAAGUGCUGGGUUAUGGACUUUCUGGUGAUGCCAGUCACAUGACAGCACCAAGCUCUGAUGGCGAUGGCGCAUUUAGGUGCAUGUCUGCUGCUAUUAAAGAUGCUGGCAUACACCCUGAAGAGGUAACCUACAUAAAUGCACAUGCAACAUCCACUCCACUAGGGGAUGCUGCUGAGAACCAAGCUAUCAAGAGACUUUUCCAAAAUAAUUCCCACUCAUUGGCUGUUUCCUCCACUAAGGGUGCAACAGGGCACCUUCUGGGAGCCGCAGGGGCUUUAGAGGCUGCCUUCACUGCCCUGGCGUGCUACCAUGGUACUCUACCCCCUACUCUCAAUCUUGACAGGACAGGCCCUGGGUUUGACCUGAAUUACAUUCCGUGCACAGCCCAGGAGUGGAAGACUGCCGGCAGACGGAUAGCACUUACCAACUCAUUUGGAUUUGGGGGCACCAAUGCAACACUCUGUUUUUCCAGUAUGGUCUUGUAGAAUUUAAGUGCUUAAAAAACUUAUUUUAUAUUACUUUAGUUUUACAGGUAUUUAUCUAAAUGUCAUUAACAAUAAUAACCUCAAUAGAUAAAUUUUGGUAAUAUAAUGUUAUUGGAAUAUGUCCACAUACAUUGAUGAGGUUGGAUUAUAAAUGCUAUUAAAUACCAUUUUCACAUGCACAGAGUAUAUUAUUGUAUUAUUCCCGUAAAUGUGUUGAAAACAAAGCAGGCAAUAGAUGAACAGCAGAUGGUGCUGAUUCAUAAUAAGAAGAGUACUUUUGAAUUAUGUUACAUUGAUAUUUAAACAGUCAAGUUAGAAUAAAGAGUGGUGAAAAACUAGCGUGGCUGUAUACACAGACCAAAGAUUUUGUUAAAUCUAGGGUAUUACCACAGUCCCAAUGCCAUUCCUCAUGCAUGUGUGAAAAUCAUGUUUUGGUGGUUUUUCUUUCUGUUGAAAACCUAGAAACAAAAAAAAGCAUUUUCAAAAUACAUGUUAAACAAGACACAGUUGUGGAUAACUUGGCUCCUGUUUAUUCAUAAAAUGCGUUAGUUGUGCCUUGUUUAACUUUGAUUUUGUAUAAUGUAUACAGCUGAUCCUUUGUUGGUAACUUAUCUACACAAUAAUAAAAAAGUGGUCAGAUAAAGUAUACAGAAUUUUGUUAACUAUGUAUUAUCAAGUCCAGUUUAAACUCAUCAUGAUCCACUGAAGAAAUAAAUGAUUUGGAAAACA